GACCGGCACACAGGAAAUAGAUUGAGCACAAAGAUGCUGAGCUGGUCAGGAGAGACGCCAUCAUUCAACAGCAGAGACAGGGUCCCCCUCCCAGAGAGUUGAGACCUCCACUCACUCUGAAAUGGAGAAGAGGAAAAGACAUGCCAAUCAAGAUGGGCAUCUCGGUACAGAGUGUUGUUAUCGGUGACACGGUGUAUGUUGGUGGAGGGUUUGCAGACAAUAAUCGUGACAGGUGUACAGUGAUGAAGCUCGAGCAAGAUCAAUGGACCAAACUACCAAAGUACACUGCCAGGUGGUUCGCUAUGACAUCACUCGCUAAUCGACUAGUGCUGGUGGGAGGAAUUGAUCCAAGUAACAACAAACCCACCAAUCAACUAGCAGUGUUUGAAUCAGGGGAAUGGACUCACCCGUACCCACCAAUGAACAUUGCUCGCCAUUCCUCAACAGCUGUCUCCUUCAACAACUACAUCAUUGUAGCUGGUGGGCGUGAUGAUAAAGUACGUAUCUCCUCUGUGGAGGUGUUGGACGUGGCAUCAAGAAGAUGGUACAUUGCUCAGUCACUACCUAACCCACAAUCAGAACUGAAAUCGACUCUCAUAGGAAACACCCUCUACCUAAUGGGAGGGUGGGAUCACACUAGGGGGGCAAUCAAGACAGUGCACCACGUCGACCUCAAUGAACUCAUUGCAAAGGCCCUUUCCAACCUGGACACACCCACUCUCUGGCAGAUUUUACAAGAAGUACCACUCAAGUUCUCAGCUCCUCUCAGUAUUGGGAGGUCACUAUUAGCCGUUGGUGGACGGGACGACAGAGACAACUCAAGUUCAUCGAUCCACCUCUACCAGCCUGACACCAGGAGGUGGGUGAAAGUGGGAGACCUGCCUACUGCACGAGACUGCUGCACAUGCUCAGUACUUCCUAGUGGAGAGGUCAUUGUAGCCGGAGGACAGACAAAACUAUUUGGUAAUUAUCUUCAAACAGUUGAUAUCUUUUGUAUAAGCGAUUAAUUAGUUAUUGUAAUAUGUUGUGCAUUGUUAACGAUCUUUUUGAAAAAAGUUUUCUAAUUAAGUUCGCAUAUUUCGUUUAUUUUUAUUCGAA